CUUUGUCUACUGCGCAAGAUGGAGUCGCUGGAGAAGGCGCUGCUUCGUGGCGAUUUAAAUUAAACACUUAUGUGCCCGGAUUGUCACAAUAGCAGCGGCCUUUGAUUAACCACACUAAGACUAAGGUGAAUGUAUAACACAUCAGGAGGAUAAGCGUUUUCAAGGCACUUUCAAAUUGACAUCCCAUUAAUUUUCAUCAUUAUCCAGUGCCCUCUAUAAAUAUGGCAACAGUAUGACAGUAGAGGAGAGCCGUAAACGCACAGCUUCAUCAUCUGAAUUUUACCCUGAAGGGGGGGAGGAGGAAACUUUGGAACUUUACAGAGAAAGAAACGGUGGUGGCGGAAACCACCACCACCACGUGACCCACAUGAGCGACAUGCCCUCAGAUUUGGAGAAAGGUGGUCGACUAAACAAGGCCCAUGUUGUCCUGGAGGAAAAAGAGGGGCUGUUUAACCCCCGUGCCAUGCUGUUCCUUAUACUGUGGUAUCUAUUCAGUGCUGGGACAUUAUUUCUUAAUAAACACAUUUUGACAACACUUAAAGGAGACCCAACUCUGUUAAGUACAAUGCAGAUGUUCUGCACAACGUGUCUAGGUUUUCUACAGAUGUUUUUACCAUUAGGAAUGUAUAAACCAGUUAAAAGAGAAGGGAAACCUCCAAACUUUUUGAGGAACAUGGUACUGGUCGGGUCUAUGAGAUUUAGCACAGUAUUGCUAGGCUUGGUUGCCCUGAAGUACGUAGCAGUAUCAUUUACAGAGACUGUCAAAAGUUCAGCACCCAUAUUCACAGUGUUAAUAUCACGGCUUCUUAUAGGGGAGACAACGGGGGUGUACGUCCUCAUGUCUCUCGUCCCCAUUAUGGGUGGUCUGGCUCUCUGUAGUGCUUAUGAACUGAGUUUUAAUAUAGAAGGCUUCACUGCUGCUUUAGCCACUAAUAUAACUGAGUGUCUACAAAAUGUUUAUUCCAAAAUGUUAGUCAGUGGAGAAAAAUAUAGAUACACCCCAGCAGAGCUACAGUUUUACACCAGUGCAGCCUCGAUGGUCGUGCAAAUCCCCGUCGGUCUUCUGAUGAUUGACUUUGAGCACGUCUGGCCGAACCUCACUGCAUCCAUGGUGACGGCUCUCAUCUUAAACGGUGUUUUCUUCCACUUUCAAAGUAUAUCUGCUUAUGUUCUAAUGGGGUACAUUUCUCCAGUCACACACAGUGUUGCUAACACUGUGAAGCGAGCAUUCCUCAUUUGGGCCUCAGUGUUAAUCUUUGGCAAUGCAGUCACAUUCCUCAGUGGCCUGGGCACAGUGACAGUGACCAUUGGUGUCAUUUUAUACAAUAAGGCACGAGAAUACGACCAGAUCCGUCACGAGAUGGCUGUAACAUAUGGUGAUAAGGAAAUGACACAAGCAUAAUAUCCAUUACAUUAGAGGCAGUUGGGGCUAUCUAGGUUAGCUAGUUUUACAGUGCACACGAAUGGGACAGAAAAUUACUUAAAUGUUUUAUAGUUCCAAGUGAUAAAGGAAAUACCUGAGCAUACUAUAAGAAGGUUUCAGCAAAUGGCUACAUGUGUUGCUUGAACUAUGAAUCUACCUGUGUCAACCCUGUAUCAUGUAUUUGCAAGCUUUAAAAAUUCUAAAACAUCUUCUCUCUAUGGAUCAGUACAGGUCUGUCCAUAUGCUUUUUGUAAGAUAUACAUUGUGCAAAAAUGUACAAGACCCAUGUGAAGUUAUUUGUAACAAGUACCGGGCAACUCCAAAUGAGCUGAUGCUGUCUUAUAAUUGCAUAGUAAUCUGUAGCACAUUGAACCACAAAAUUCACUUAGUACAAUUUAAUAUAUAUGCUAUCCAUAAUGCUGAUUAAAUUUUAAAGUAUUGCGUGGGGCAUUAACAUUUUUGCUCACUGUAAAAAUGUGGCUUUAAUGUGUCACUUGAAUGACACAGCUGUGUGCCAUAUGCUGCAUGCAUACAUGUAGGAAGUGUUCUUGGAACAAUCUUCUAUGGGGACCACAGAUCUGAGCCAAAGGGUUUCCUAUCUAUAGGGGUCACAUUGAUAGUGCAAGGGGUCCAUUUUACAAGUAUUUAGAAUUGGAAUCUUAGAAAAAAUAAAACAUAAUUAUGAUUCUUAUUGAAUUGAAUUUAAAUUACUUGUGAUCUCACUAUUAAAGUUAAUCAGUUUGUAUGAUUCAUGGUGAGGAUAUUAGAUAUAAAAAUAACACACUGAAAUGGUAGAGAUGCCUGUCCUCUUGUUUAUAUGUAAUAUACCUCAUAAUGAAAUGUUAGCCAGAUCGUCAGAUAGGUCAAUCAAUAUGUUGUAAGGAUAUUUAAUUUGUAGAUUAAGAAAGGCUUUAUUAUACUGAUUUGCUGUGAAAACUUGUCAAGAUAAGGGUGUAGUAUGUUCCAUUUAUAUUGAAAAACCUCACUCUGUUAUAGAACCACUUUGGCAAUAUGCAUAUAUUCAUUGUUAAUCUACAUAAAUUAGUUAAAAGGAAUUUAAUUAGGAUGUUGAGUGUUUUCCUGACCAGACUAAAAAAAAAGGAAAAAUCCAGUCACUACUUUAAGAACACAUUGUUAGGUAAAAAGAAAAAAAUUAGGAUUAUCAAAUUAUUUUUUUUCAACAGGGCUGACUUAGGGCUGACACUGAAACUUAGGCAUGGCCUUGUUUGUAAUUUAGAGACUGGUAUUUGAAAAUUGUAAAAUCUUUUUAUGAAAGCAAAAUGCCCAGUCAUCUCCUCAAAGGAUUAUUUUAGAAUUUCCCCUUUACCAUUAUGUUGUGCCAAGUAUUGACAUUUUUAUCACAAUCUUCUACUUGCAUCAGUGAGAAAGUGAGCAGAAAUUUCCAGCAAUCUGUGAAAGGUUAAAAAUAAUUUUUAAAUGCAUCAAUCUGCUUUGUAAUGCUUGAGUGAAACAUUCAAUUAAAAGGAAUGCAUAAAAGGUAUUGGGGUAGGUCAGGGAAGUUAUUGAGGUAUAAAGCAUGCCCCAUACAUUUAAUUUGAAUAAAUUACUUCCUGGAGUAAUGUGACAGCUUUUUAAAAGUGAAAAUGGAGCCAGGUACGGUUUAUUAUCCACACUGCCUCACAACAAAUUAAUCGAGUCCCAAUGAAAUGUUGCCACUUACACAUUAUUCACAUAAAUUUGGUUUGCAGAGCAAAAUAAACAUGGGUUUUUAAUCUUUGAAAAAUCCCAUAAUUUAUGAAGAUUAUGUGUGUGUGAGAUACAGAGAAUGAGAGUUAUACAAUACUGAUAAAUAUGUUAGUUGAAGCAAAAGGUAUACUGUAUGGGUUUGAAAAUUUCCCAAAGUCGUAUUUUCUAUCACUACCUUGCAAAGAUACAUCUUUCAUAUUUUAGAAGUUAAAAACUACAAAACCCCUUUUAUAAAAUUUCCAAUAGUUCCUUCUGAAAUGUACAAGAAGACAUGGUUUUCUAAAUGACUGGCCAGUAAUUUCGAAAUAAAUCAUUAAAUUAAAAAUGGGGGAAAAAAAACAAUGAAUCCAAGGCAGGAACAGGUCAAGAAAUGAUUCACGAGUACUAGAAAAUUGCUUUUAUCUCGGAGGAGAGUUCUUGUUGGUGGGUAAUUCCCAUUUAGUGUGCCUUAAACCAUAACAUCUUUAGAUAAAUUUAAAUAAAUUGCAUGCU